AUGCAGAAGCAAGAGUUCUUGGAAUUGUUCGAAGCAGCAACUCGAGCGGCUAAAUCUUCAGAGGUCUCGAGAUGCAUCGACGCGAUGAAUCGUUUAAAAGAAGCUCCUAAGUCACUUGCUUGUGACGUAAUCUACACAACCUACAUUGGAAAGAGUUUUAGCGUUUUCAUCGAUCACGAAAACCCUAAAAUCCGAUCCGAGUCAAAGCUUCUUUGGGAUCUUUGGCUCAUGUAUCUCUACGCAACCGGUUCAAAACAGAGCCGAGUACUCGUUAAAGAUCAGAAUCCGGUGAAGAAGACAGGAGAUUCCAAGCGAGACAAAGUCCGUGAGAUUCUACAAACAUCCUUGUCUAAAGUCGCUAAUGAAGUUGUUAACGUGGAGAUGAAGAAACGAGUCGUUUCUUGCGAUCCUUCGAUCGUGGCUGUUUCGGUUGAAUCGGCGAUGUUUAAGAGAUUAGGUUGUUUCAUGGGACCUCAAAAAGCUAAGUAUAGAUCGAUUUUGUUCAACAUGGGAGAUAGUAACAAUCCGGAUUUGAGGAGGAAAGUGUUAAUCGGUGAGAUCAAUGGAGAAAGAUUAGUGACGAUGAAGAAAGAAGAGAUGGGAAGUGAGAAGAUUCAGAUGGAAGUCGAACAAAUCAAAGAGAAAGCAAGAUUUAAGGAAGAUAAUCGUAUCAAGAUGAUGUGUAUGCUUCAAUCAUCAUCAGAUAUGAUCAUGACUUAA